ACUCUCGGAGGAAGAAAAAUCAAAGAUCGUAGCUUUUGGGUUCUUCAAAUUCUACACAAAUUUCACUAUGAUUGACGACCAGGACCUGGGUUUCUUUGCCAACUUUCUUGGUAUCUUUAUUUUUGUGCUGGUGGUCGCUUACCAUUAUGUGAUGGCAGAUCCCAAAUACGAAGGCAAUUGAAAGUUGUUACUGUAGAAUUAGCUUGGGCAAAAAUAGUUAUGUUUAUUUGCCUUUGGCAGCUCUAUAUGAUAGAUAUUGAAUUUUGAUGUUACGCAACAUUUAUAAUUACUGAGCAUGGACUUUUAUGUGACUGCUUCUGGUCCAUAGAAACUUGGCUAAAACUAUUGAUCAGUAUUCAGUACAUUUGCUUCAAAUAGAGUAAAUGAUGUUAUCUUUUCCUUUCCCCUGUUGCUUAAU